CCAAUCAUUUCAGAUGAUUAACUCCCAUACCCUCGAUGCAAUUGAGCGGUUUUAGGAUCCCAAAAUGUUAUACGGUUUCGUGGUGGAAGGAAUGAAUGGAGACUGGGAAAAGUUAGCCAAGAAAAGUGUUGUGUAUUGAAACUGAUGAUAAUUAUGUUCAAUUUCAGGUCGGUGUUGUCUUUGCUGAAAGAGGACACGGUACAACAAACGACAUUACCGUAAGAUCUGGAAUACAACUGCAUUUAAAAAAAAAAAAAAAAAAAAAAGAAACUCGACUACACGACAGUUGUGUGUUUUUACGACGGAGGUAAAGUUUGUUUGUCUUAGUUUGCUUGAAAACCCACGUUGUUUCUUGUGAAACCGAUUCGAGGGAUCUGCGAGCGAUCGAACGACAUUAUUCUGUUCUGUGGAUAGGAAGUAUAUGUACACCAACAUGGUACAGACCUGCGAUUGUUUUUAGUGGAUUUACCGGUUAACCAAGGGAGAGAUAGACACACACACUUAAGGAGAAGAGAGACCCCCCACCCACCCCCUGUGGUAGCCUUUUUACAGUGGAUGUUACCGUCAAAUCGUCUGUCAUUAUGAACGUGGGCACGUCGUGGUGGUGGUUGCUGUCAACGGUUACCGCAGUUCUGUGUGUUGUCGCAUCCAACGGUGAUUUCGUUGCCCCGGUAAUCGGCAGCAGUGAUCCCUUGGCUCAGGGCCCGCCGCUGUUCAAGGAGCAGCCGAAGCCCAACUACUACGUGGUGAAGAACAAGCCAGUGACGAUCACGUGCCGGGCGACGCCCGCGAUCCAGAUCACGUUCAAGUGCGCGGGGCAGCAGGUGCAGGCGAAACACCAGGUGAACCUGAAGCUGAUCGACCCUAUCACGGGCAUCCGCACCCUCCAGUCGAGCAUCAAGGUGUCGCGGGAGGAGGUGGAGGAGUACUUUGGCAGCGAGGGAUACAUCUGUAGGUGCUAUGCCUGGAACACCGUACCCGGGUCACCCGCGCCCAAGUUCGUCGAGAGUAAACCGGGACUCGUUGAAGUGGCAUAUUUGAAAAAACGAUUCCAGCGUGAGCCGAUGAGUCACAGUGUUGAGAUGGAGUCCACCGUGGAACUACAGUGUCUACCACCGGACAGCAAACCACUACCAGAGGUUUUUUGGCUGAAAGACAACAAAUUGAUCAAUGUUCAGGAGGAGAUUAAUUUCAUAAUUUCGAGCGAGGGGAGUCUGAUCAUCAACCAGGCACGGCUCAAGGACACAGGGAACUACACCUGUGGGGCCAUGAACCCGGCAAGUCGCCGACUCAGCGAUUCUGCCGUCCUCACAGUGUAUGUGAAUGGUGGUUGGUCAACAUGGAGUCAGUGGACGGACUGCUCAGCAAAGUGCGGAAAGGGAAAACAGCACCGCACACGCACAUGUACAAAUCCAGCACCGCUGAAUGGUGGGAAACCCUGCACAGGGGAGACAAUGCAAAACAGUGCAUGCACGGCCAUUUGUCAAGUGGAUGGUUUUUGGUCUCCGUGGUCCUCCUGGUCGACUUGCAGCCCCGAUUGUAUUCACCACCGCCGCAGGUCUUGUGACAAUCCUCGCCCUAUGAAUGGCGGUGGUUACUGCAGCGGCAAGGAUCUCGACUCCAUUAACUGCACUGGCGGCAUGUGCAGAGACAAACGACAAAUCUCCCCAAGAUUUGGUUCCACUCAGAAGGCUGAAACCAAGAUAGAACUGAAUACAUACAACUCAUUUGUAGAAAAGUCUGCCGAAGCGAGUCGUGCUGACGAUGAGGAGAAGAAUAUCAAGGUUUAUAUUGGGAUCUGUGUGGGUGUCGCCGUGGUGAUCAUCGCCAUAGUGGUAGCUGUAAUCAUCCUCCGACAGAAGAGAGUUCAUCAGCAGAAUGUAUUCGGGGUUGAUGGACAAGGACCUGAUGUGAAUUCCCCACUGGCUGAAGAUGAGAAAAAAAUAAACAAGAAUGGAGACAUGCUGUCCAUCCAGCCCGACCUGACCCAGACGGUGGUGACAGUGCAGCACGUGAAUCCCGGCGACUCUCCCAACAACAACCACAUGAACGCCAUGGAGAAAGCUCCGCCCAUUUACAGUGUGCCCGAUACGACGGGCUCGUCACAGAGACUUUCCGCCACGCUGGGCAAAAACAGCAAGACGUUACUGGUGGAGCCGACCAUCAGCCAGAACGGCAGUGUUUCCAUGGACAGUUCUGGGGGGCGGGACAGUGGCAAAAACAUGCUGUCCGUCUCACCCAGGCCAUCAUCGCAGGGCGAAAACCUGCAGGACAGUCGACAGUCGAUGAUCUCCAUGCAGCUGCCCAGCACGAUAGACGCGGAGGCCGUUACCUGGAGUACAUUCAGUAGCAGUGGUGGACGACUUCUCCUGCCAGAAUCAGGUGUUUGUAUGACGAUUCCAGAAGGCGCCAUCAAGAAGGGUUGCGUAGAGGAGGUGUACAUGGCGGUGUGCCGUGAUGAUAAAGACAGGCCCAGAUUAAAUGACCGCCAGACAAUACUGAGUCCAGUGUUGCUGAUUGGGCCCCAGUCUGCGAUGUUGAAGAAACCCAUAAUUCUUUCCUUCCAACACUGCGCUAGUAUGAGGCAGGGGGGAUGGAUCCUCUCUGUGUACAGCAGCUACACCCCUGCCGAUGAACCCCCUCAGUGGCAGAAAUUGGUGACACUAGGCCAUGAAACGAUCAACACACCUCUGUACAUGCAGUUAGAUGCUGAUCACUGUCAUCUCGUUACCGACCAACUCCAGCGCUAUGCUUUGAUUGGUGAAUCGGUCGGAGGCGGGCGGGCAGUCAAGAUUCUGCGUCUGGCAGCGUUCGCCCCGGCAAUCACACCUUCCAUGGAUUACAGUAUUAGAGUUUAUGUCGUCGAAGACACAGCCGAUGCUUUAGAGGGUGUGAUACAGAUGGAACGCAGGUUAGGAGGAAGAUUGCUUGACAAACCAAAACAGAUUCCAUUCCAAGAUGGCGGUAACAACCUGUGCCUAACAAUCGAGGAGUUGUCCCCUGGCUGGAGGAGUAAGCUCGCAGCAAAUUACCAGGAGAUUCCAUUCCGGCACAUUUGGAGUGGGAACCAGAACACGUUACACUGCUCAUUCAGCCUGGAGCUUGUUGACCGGUCACAGACGAAGAUCAGCUGCAAGAUCCAGGUCUACCAGAAAGCCAUCUUGUCCAACCGACAGGUGCUACAGAUAGUCAGUAAUUUAAAAGAGAAGAUGCCUCCAUGUCCAACGCCAUCUGGUACUCUUAAAGGGAGAUCAUCCACUGUAAACUCUGUGGGUACAAGCUCAGGAUUCAGUUCCAUGGUGACCCUUGACCCAUCUUCACAAGUGUUCAGGUUACCUCCGCACAUAAAGGCUCAGUUGUGUAUGUUGCUUGAUCCGCCCAACACUCGAGGAAACGACUGGCGCAUGCUGGCUCGCACUCUCUCUGUAGAUAGGUAUAUUAAUUUCUUUGCCACGAAGCCGAGCCCGACAGAACACAUACUUGACUUGUGGGAGGCACGGCAUCGGGAGGAGACUGCCAUCACUGACCUCAUGAACGUCCUGCGAGUGAUGGGACGCAUGGACGCAGCCGCGGUGCUAGAGAAAGACAUGGGGUCAUGGUUGUGAUCUACUGUGCAAGCGUCGUCGCUCUUGUGUCAUUGCCUCAUUGUGAUAAAGUGUUCUCUGUACCAGAACAUCAUACGACAAACCGUCUCCAAAACUUGUAGAGUGGAAGAAAAAAAACAGAAUGUAAAAAACCCCAGAUGCUUGAAAUGGGCGACAUGUGGAAUUAAACAUGUGAACAUUUUCCCCCAAAAAAUGAAUCUGAAGGUUUAUUGAAAAUUAUUUGAAUGGAGUCCAUUCUUCCUGUUUGAGGUGCUAGAAAGUUGGACGAACACUGCAAUAUUCUUGUGAAGAGAUCGUCUCAUGUUCUAGGGGAGAUAACCCUGCAUGGCUUUAUUUUAGUUUUGCUUGCAAUGAUCUGAGCGAGUUAUCUCCCUUCAUAGUACAAAUGUGUCAGAGAGGGCUGUUCGAAAACAAUGUUGGAAAAUUAUGCUCUAUUUUUCUCAUUUAAAAAAACAAACAUAACGAACAGCAAGAUACUGUUGAAGUAUUGAUGAGAAAAAGAGCUGAAAUGAAGGAUUUUAAAAACUAUUUUGUUCUUGAAUUUCAAGACAGUAUUGAACCUGAACCAAAGUGAAGAUGUGCAAGAUAUUCUCGUGCCUAUAUUUUUUAUGGAGUCUUUUACAAAUAAGACUUGCAUGGAUGCAUCAGACCUUAAUAAAAACCUAACUCCAUUACCUCAGAGGGACUGGAAUGAGCUCUAGAUUUCAUUAGAGUUCUCAAACAGAUAUGUCGGGAGUAUGCAGAUAAAACAAAAACAAUGUGUUCUCUUGGAAUAUUUGUUUCAGUUGCAGAAAAAUGACUGUUAUUUAAACAAUGUUACAAGAGUUCCACAGGAUCACUUGCAUUGACUGGUUGACAAAAUGACCGUUAUUUAAACAAAGUUGAGAGAGAAACAUUGAAUCAUGUGAAAUGAAUGUGGACAAGAUUAAUGGAUACUUUUGUGAAAAUGACUGAUAAAGGAUUUAAAAAAAAAAAAAAUAACAAAAACAUUAUGCAAUGAACUUUCAGCAUUUUGUAGCAUUUCGUUUUAAUAUGACAUAGCUUGGUUAAAUGGAACAAGCUGGAUGCAUUAGGAUAUGUCAGUUUGUGUCUGUGUGUGCAUGUGCGUAUGUGUGACAAGACUGUUGGUUGUGCUUUUAUUUGUAACAAACAAUGUGAUUCGUUAACCAUGACACAGUAUGAGAUUUUGUCACAGUCAGGAAAUACCUGGCUGAUUUCAUCAUAUGGUAGUCACUUCAGAGUAGUGUUUUAAACUUGUGAAGGUUUAAAAAAAAAAAAAAAAAAAAUUUAGGCUAGUUAUUAUAAAUCUCAAAAUCUGCCUGUACAAUGGCUGGAAGUGACAAAAGCCAGAAUACUAAAACUGCUGUGGUCCAUGUAAAUUAAUUCAAUUAUAACAGCAGUCAUUGGUAAAAUUGAUAAUAACUUUAGGCUAGUUAUUAUGAAUCGCAAAAUCUGCCUGUACAAUGGCUAGAAGUGACAAAAUCCAGCAUACUAAACCUGCUGUGAUCCAUGUAAAUUAAUUCAAUUAUAACAGCAGUCAUUGGUUUAAUGUAGCUGUGAGACUGGUCGGUCUUAAAGCAGUUUAAGUUAAAUACCACAUAUAACAGAUGGAAAUCUGAAUGCACACAUUCAGUCAUCUUUAAUACUGGAAUUACAUUAUUGCUUAUUAAAUCACCAUUUAAAUGUUCAUUUAAAAAAAAAAAAAAAAACCCCAUAAAAACAUGGCUUGAAGCUUCUCUUGUCUGUGUGGUCUUUUACCAUUUUAAAAAACCCUACACUAUUUUUAAAAAAACCCUGGAUUUUCAUGGUAACACCACAUUGACCAACAGUGAAAAAGAGAAAACCUUUUAUUUAAAACAAAUUUCAGUUAUAUUACAAUAAUAAAAUCUACUGAUUUCCACAUGUACCUAUGUGUUUGAUAGAUCUGUGGACCCUAAUAGUCAAAUCUUGUUGGUUUAAACUCAGUUGCUGUGUUGUCGGUUUCCCUUCACAAAAUUGUAACUGUUCUUGUCUAAGCAAAAAAAAUAAAAUAUUGCUAAUGACCAAAUGAAGAAUAAUAACUUAAUAUAAAUAAUAUUACUAUGGAUUAUAAUAUAGUCACAGCACAAAAUUCUAUUGGACCAAUUCAUUAUUCAGUGGAGAGAUGGGUUUUAUGGAUGUGGACUGUUUGACCAAAUGGGUGAAGCACUUGUAAUGGUCAUAAAUUAGACCAAUAUAAAGUUUUCAUUGGAAUUGAGUUCAAGCUAACAAGAUUUGACAGAAUAUAUUUAUUUCAAAAUAGUGUUGGUUACAAACCUAUAUAUAUGUACACUUGACAUUCAAAAGAAAAUUUUGAAGUGAUUGCCAAGAGCGUUGAAAAUAUUCUAGUCAUGAUUGACGCUCUGCUAUUUAUUUGAAAUGAAGCACAGGUAUUAUUGAUGUAGUGUUAAUAAACAUUACGAAAAACAUGGAAACGAAGAUGAAAAAGUAAAAAUCAAAAUGUGUUUAAACUUGAUGGUGCUACUUGUUGAUAAAUAAAUAUAUAUAUAUAACUAUAUAUAAAUAUAUAUUGCUGUACAAAAUGUGUGUGAAUAAGCUUUUUCAGCUUGCAUGACAUCACUUUAUGGUGGUGCUAACUGUACCACUUAAGAGGAUUACUUGAAAUUUGUAACAUUUAAAAUAGUCUGGCUCACUUUCUGGAUCGAGCCAUCAUCAUAUGGUAUUCUUUGUCUUUCAUUCAUACAUUCUACUUCUCUCUCUUUCUCUCUCUCAACUAAAUUAAUCUGAUGUUAAUGAAAUAUGAUACAAGGAAUAUUUGAUUAUGAUAUUUAAAAAGGUAUUCGUUUAUUAGUUUUCAUUCUGGUUCUAAAUUGAGCAUGAAAGGUCAAGAUAUUUUUUUUUUAAUUUAACUUGAGUAAUUGUAAUACUAUUAUAUCUUAGAAUAGAUCCAAAUUUAAUAUAUUGCAUCAAAAUAUAUUAUACUGUUUAUGUUUUACUACUUUUUUUUGUGAAAAACAAAUGAUACAACCAGUUUUCCCUCAUAUACAUUGUGAAAAUGCAGCCAGGCAUUGAUUUAGGCCCUUGAUCCCUCUAUUUAUGGUCACAUAAUGAAAUUUCUCUCUGUAUAAGGUGAGAAAUCUGACCAAAAACACCGAAUGACAUUGCUUUAAGUUUAAGGGGCCCCUCUGUUAAAUGUUUUUUUAAUCCAUGCCUGGUCGCUUAAUCCAAACUUUAACAGUGAUAUGAUGUCUUGUUUUCCUUUUAAAGCUUAAGCUUCUGGGUUUUUUUGUACACAUUUUUUGUUCAUUAGUUUCACCAAAUUUGUUUUGCAUUUUACUUUUAAAAUUCAGUACAUUUCAUUUGGAUCCUUAAUCAAACACACAAGGUUGACAUUCAUAAUAUUUUAUCUACAUGUUUUUCAUUUACACUAUAAAUAACAAAUGGAGAAAUAUUUUCGGUCAUCAUUCACUAUUAAAGGUCAUUCUUCAAUCAUUUGUAUUAUGUUCAUCAGUUUCUAUGACUGGGUCAGUAGCAGUGUCUCUAAUAUUAAUUUUUUCUCCAUCAAUAUAUAUCACAGUAAAUAUGAAAAGAAAAAUCAAUAAAAAAAUUGGAAAAAUGCUAAUCUUAUAAUUAUUUUUUGUGAUAAUUUUUUUUUUUUUUAACAUUUGCCUAACUGAAUGUUCUAAAAUAUUUGAUAUAUGUGAAGAAAAAAAAUACUUUGGGUUAUUCAUUAUCUACAUUUGUUAUUUUAUUUAUUUAGCUUGUGUACUAAUAACCAUCUAAAAUGAAAUUUCACUGUUGCAACAUAAACAGAUAUCUAUGGAGUUCUAGAAAACAAUAUAACACUUCUAUUAUGAACAGCACUUGCAUAUACAUUAUUUAUAUAUACACAUGAAUAUGGUCACUGUAUUAUUAUUUUUAGAAUGAUGUUCAUGUCAUUUCCUUGAACAAUUAUAACAAUGUCAGUGUAUAUCAUUCAAAAAGAUGUACAAUUUUCAAAUUAUAAUCAUGUCUCAAAGAUAAAGAGAUAAUAUGAAAGAAUAUUUUAUAAUGUGGGUAUAUAUCAUAUAUGUCCACUCUCCUCUUGGCCCUCCCUGCCCCCCGCUAGUUACCAUUUUGAAAACAUUCACUGGAUGAAAAUAUAUAAAACUGACAUUUUUUUAAUAAAUGUCCACUCUCCACCUUUCCCGCACAUCCCACCCCACCCCUCAAUAUUAGUUACCAUUUUGAAAAUAUUAACUGGAUGAAAAUAUAUAAAACUUACAUUUGAAAAAAAAGAGGAGUAUUUUCUGCAUAGUUCUUUACUGUUAAAAAGUGAAUUUACUUAUUUUUAAGCCCAUUUAGUGGUAUAUUUAUCUUUUUAAGUAUUUCUUUUUAUAUAUAGAAGUCGAGAAAUAUUUUUGAAUAUUCACACAUAAGGCCAUGACAACAUACCUGUUGAAUUAUUAUUUGUACCAGUUUAAAUUUUACAGAUAUAAUUUUAACGUAUACACUGGGUAAGCUGUUUGAACAACUUGAGCCAGCUAGGGCAUGUACCUUUUUUUUUUUUUAAAACCCAUUGAUAUUUCAUGGAUAACCUUACCUAUUGUAAUCUAAUAUGUUUUAAAUUCCAUGAAAUUUAUGCAACUUUUACAUAAAAUGUUAAUAACGAAACCUUUCGAAAUGGUGGUCAUUGAAAAUGUAUGUUAACCAUGUUUGUGCUAUUUAUUUAACAGAAAGCUAUCUGGGUUGAUUCUGUCAUGUGUAUAAGCAAGUGAAAUGUUCAAUAUUUCAUGACUAGCCAUAUGCAGGUUUAACACGAACGUUCACCCAGGACUAUAUUAGUGCUAUAGUGACCACAUGUCUGUAACCCAGACAGCACACACACUGUGUACAAAACAUGUACAGUUUCCAAAGGCAAAUUUGUUUUGCAAAAAAAUUCAUUUGUAAAUAUUAUUCUGCAAAUAAAUGUUAGAACAAUGA